UGGUUAGGAUUUCAGAAGGGCACUUGUGUGUACGAAUUUUCCAAAAAUUAGAAGAAAAUCUAAGAAAACGAGAAAAUUUUAAAACAGAAAAUAUUGAUAUGGUUCAGGAGUACAUAAAAGAGAACGUGGUGGUCCCCGCGCCGGUGACGCCGCGCGUGCUGGCGGCGGCGCUGGCGGCGGCGCUGCUGGCGCUGGCGGGCGUGGCGCUCAUCGACCUGGCGCUGCCCGAGCCGCUGCAGCGCGGCGCGCCGCCCGAGCGCUUCAUCGCCGAGCUGGCGCACGAGCACCUCGUCAACCUCACGGCCAUCGGCCCCCGGGUGGCGGGCAGCUACGAGAACGAGGUGGCGGCCGUGCGCGUGCUGGUGGAGGCGCUCAAGGACAUCGCGCGCGCCGCGUCGCCGCACAACCACGUCGAGAUCGACUUGCAUCGCGCCAGUGGCGCCUUUUCGCUGUCAUUCUUCGAUGGCAUGAACAACGUGUACCGCGACGUGCAGAGCGUGGUGGCGCGCGUUCGCGGCGCGGGGGGCGCGCCCGGCGCCGCGCUGCUGCUCAACUGCCACUUCGACACCGUGCCCGACAGCCCCGGCGCGAGCGACGACGGCGCGGGCUGCGCGGUGCUGCUGGAGACGCUGCGCGCGCUGGCCGCCGCGCCGCGCCCGCUGCGCCACUCCGCCGUGUUCCUGUUCAACGGCGCCGAGGAGAACAUCAUGCAGGCCUCGCACGCCUUCAUCACGCAGCACCGAUGGGCUAAAAGUGUGCGCGCGUUCAUCAACAUCGAGGCGUGCGGCGCGGGCGGGCGGGAGGUGCUGUUCCAGGCCGGCCCGCAUGACCCCUGGAUCGUGGAGGUGUACGCGGGCGCGGUGCCGCACCCGUUCGCGUCGUCGCUGGCGCAGGAGCUGUUCGAGAGCGGGCUGAUCCCCGCGGACACGGAUUUCCGCAUUUUCCGCGAUUUCGGUCGCCUCUCUGGUGUGGACCUGGCGUGGAGCGCCAACGGGUACGUGUACCACACGCGCCUCGACACGGCCGAGCGCGUGCCGCGCGCCGCGCUGCAGCGCACCGGCGACAACGUGCUGGCGCUCGCGCACGGGCUGCUGGCCAGCGAGAGCCUGGAGUCGGAGGUGGACCGCAUGUCGCGCCAGCCGGUGUUCUUCGACGUGCUGGGCUGGGUGGUGGUGUCGGCGCGCGCGCCGCUGGCGCUGGCGCUGGCGGCCGGCGCGCUGGCGCUGCUGCUGCUGCGGCUGCGGCUGGCGGCCGGCGCGGCCCGCGCGCAGCGUGCGGCGGCGCGGGCUGACGGGACGCUUGUUGCAGUGUACGUGCGCGCGCGCGACUGGUGGGCGCUGGUGGCGCGGUGCUGCGGGCGCGCGCUGCUGGCGGCGGCGGGCGGCGCGGGCGCGGCGGUGGCGGUGGCGGCGGCGCUGCACGCGGCGGGCGCGCGCCUCAGCUGCUACUCGCGCGGCUGGCUGCUGGCGCCGCUCUACGCGCUGCCGGCGCUCGCCACCGCCGCGUACUUGGCGAAUCGCUCAGGCGGGCGCGCGGCGUGGGAGCGCGGCUGGUGGGGCGCGCGCGCGGCGGGCGACGCGGGCGCGGCGCUGUGGGCGGCGCUGCUGCUGCUGUGCGCGCUGCUGCGGCUGCGCUCGGGCUUCGUGCCCUUCAUGUGGGUGCUGCUGCCCACGCUGGCGGACCUGGCCGCGACGCUGCUGCGCGCCGGCGGGCGGGCGCGCGCGUGCUGGUGGGCGGCGGGCGCGGCGCUGCCGCUGCUGCAGACGUGCUACCUGGCGCUGGGCUCGCUGGCCAUGUUCGUGCCCAUCAUGGGCCGCGCCGGCUCCUCGCCCGUGCCGCCCGACGUGGCGCUGGCGACGAUAGUGUCGACGCUCGUCCUGGCGGCGUGCAGCUGGAUGUUUCCCUUCGUGGUGGCGGCUAGAGGUGUGAAGAAAAUGGCGGCGGGCAUGUGGGCGGUGACGGCGCUGACGGCGGCGCUGGUGCUGCUGACGCCGCUGGGCGCGCCCUACAGCGCCGAGCGGCCGCAGCGCUUCAUGAUCUUCCACGUCACCAGGACCGAGCACGGCGCCGGCGGCCCGCGCACCGACCACCUGUACUGGAUGCCCGACCUCGACCCCAACACGCCCCACACGGUCGACGACGUCGUGCCGGAGAUGCGCGCGGCGCGGCCCACGCCAGCGGCGGACUGCGAGCGGCACCCGUACUGCGGCGCCGCCUACUGCCUGCCCGUGCUGGCGCUGGUGCCGCGCGCGCACUGGCUGCCCGCGCCCGCGCCGCCGCCCGCCCGGCCCUACGCGCGCACCGAGUUGCACGCCACGCGCGUCCGCCUCGCGCCCGAGCUCCACGAGCUGCGGCUCAACAUCACCGGGCCGAGCCACGUGGUGGUGAUCGUGUCGCCGGCGGCGGGCGGGCGCGUGGUGUGGAGCAGCGCGCUGGCGCCGCUGCGCGAGGCGGCGCCGUGGGGCGCGCGCCGCACGUACUUCCUGGCGCUGCACACGGCGCGCGCCCCGCGGGAGCGGCCCUGGAGC